UGGAAAGGCCAGCCCCUUAUACCAAUGUGAUCAUGCCCAGCCUGUUCGGCAUCAUCUGCUUCUUUGGUACAGUGGGAAAUCUUAUUGUGAUCUAUACCAUCAUCAAGAAGAAGAAGCUGAGAUGUAAGCAGACAGUGCCUGAUAUCUUCAUUUUUAAUCUCUCCAUCGUGGACCUGCUGUUCUUGCUGGGGAUGCCGUUUCUUAUCCACCAACUCCUUGGCAACGGUGCCUGGUAUUUUGGAGCUCCGUUGUGUACCAUCAUCACUGCUCUGGACACCAAUAGCCAGAUCACCAGCACCAAUAUCCUGACAGUAAUGACCCUAGAUCGUUACUUGGCAACUGUCUAUCCCUUGAAGUCCACUUAUGUCCGUACUCCAUGCGUGGCAGCCUUGGUUAUUGGCCUGGUAUGGCUCCUUUCCUUCCUGACCAUCAUCCCUGUAUGGAUGUAUGCAGGGCUGAUGCCUCUUGGGGAUGGGACGGUCCGCUGUGCUCUUCUGCUGCCUAACCCUGAGACCGAUAUCUAUUGGUUCACCCUUUACCAGUUCAUGUUAGCUUUUGCCAUUCCGCUGUUCAUAAUCUGCGUGGUCUACUUUAAGAUUCUCCAGCAUAUGGCUACCACUGUAGUGCCCUUACCCCAAAGGAGUCUCCGGGUACGUACCAAGAAGGUCACUCGAAUGGCUGUUGCCAUCUGCUCUGCCUUUUUCAUUUGCUGGGCACCCUUCUAUAUCCUUCAGCUGGUGCAUCUUGGAAUAGACAACCCUUCUGUUGCCUUCUUCUAUGCCUACAACUUUGCCAUUAGUUUGGGUUAUGCCAACAGUUGUCUCAAUCCUUUCCUCUACAUUGCUCUGAGCGAGACUUUCAAGCGUCAGUUCAUGGUGGCCAUCCGUCCAGCCAAGGAGCAGUUUAGAAUCAACAACGAUAACAACAGCACAACAGAAGCCAGUGUAUGCCUGAAGCUUGCACAAGAAUCCACCCAGCAGACUCAGUUUCUAGAGGACUUUUCUCCUCACUCCAUGCCUGUGACGGUUGCUGUUCACUAGCUGCCAUUCCCCAAGGGCCUUAUUAUCUCACCAUUACAAGACCAUGAACAGAAUUCCUUAAGAUAUUGCAAUGGAUGGUGGGUAUGCAGAAUGAUCAAGGUCAGCCUUACCACUAGGCAGAGCGAAGUGUCAAUAGAGGUCUAUAGUGUAUAAAUGCUAGAUCAUUGCUUCUGCACAUACACAGUAGACGGGUGGAGGUUAUUGCUAAGAAUGCAAGAUAGUUUGCAAACUCAAGUAAUGCAGUUAUCACAGAAAGCCAACCAUGAGUCAUGAUGAAGCUACCUUGCAACUGUUAUACCAAUUAUCCUUCGAACAGGCAAAAGUGUAUACAUGACAUGAAAAAAUGGGCAGUGAUAGCUUUCAAGCUUUUGCUGAAUGAAGCAGGUAUUUAAGAUACUCGACAACAAUAUUGCCUCUGUGCUGGGAUUAACAAAUCAGGUGCAGAAUAAAACAAACGAAGAUUAGGAAAGAUGACUUCAUUAGUUGUGCCGAUGGCAAUGUGAAUCACUGGCAAAUCAAUAUCCCUUACAAUGUCCAUUAUU